AUGAAAAAUGUUAAUGCCAUCAAAGAACUUGAUUCUUCAGAUCCGCUUAAAUUAGAUAAUACCAAAACCAUUUUAGACUCGUUUCGCUAUGUUAAAGGAAGAAGAUAUCAUAAUCUAAUCGAUGUAACUUAUUUACUCCCAAAUGACGAGAAAGAAGCUUACAGAUUGAAAUUGCAGCACAACAUAUUAAAAUUUGUCUGGAAAAGAAUCUUUUCAUCACCAGUGCACGAGUUAUUAAAGGCUGGAGGGGCGAAAGUCUUGGAUGUAGGUUGUGGUACUGGACUAUGGUUAUUGGACAUGGCAAAAGAAUAUCCAGACUCCUCGUUCAUUGGUAUAGACAUGUCCCCUAUAUUUCCUGGUGUUAACCAUAUUCCACAAAACGUUGCUUUCCUACAGCAUAAUUUAAACAAUGGACUUCCUUUUCCAAAUGAGACUUUUGAUUUUGUGUUUCAAGGGUUUUUGGGAAAUAAUGUGAUUAAUAAGCAAUGGGAAUAUUAUACUCGAGAAAUGAUACGUGUGACUAAACCUGGUGGAUGGGUGGAGAUUUUUGAUUAUGAUAUUGAUUAUCAAAACUCGGGUCCAAAGUUCGCGGAAUAUAUGGGAUUAGUACAAUCCGGACUUGAAGCAAAAGGAAUUAACCCUCAACCCGAAACCUACGUUCCACAACUUUUAAAAAAUUGUCAAAAGUUAUCAGAAGUUUACUAUGAAGAAGAAAAUAUUCCAUUAGGAAGCAGGGCGGGUCAAUUGGGCGAAAUGGUGAUGGCAUAUUGUUUUAUGACUUUCGACGCGUUUAAAUUAUUAUUCACUUCAGCUUGGGGAGUUUCUGAUGAGGUGUUCGACACCAUUUACGAUUGUGUUAGACCAGAAGUUGAUGAGUUUAAAAUCUUCCUUAAAACAUUUCGAUGGUAUUCGAAAAAGAUUUAA